AUGGGACAGCUGCCGCCAGCCCGACUCACCCCCGCUCGCGCCUUCCUCAACACGGGGGUCGAUUACGGCGGCCCCAUAUCGCUUCGGUCAUGGAAGGGACGGGGUCAAAAGUCCUACAAGGGUUGGUUGGCUAUCUUUGUCUGUAUGACCACCUCAGCCGUGCAUCUCGAGGUGGUAUCAGACUACUCAGGCGAUGGAUUCCUAGCGGCAUACAGACGUUUCUCCAGUCGGCGCGGGAUCGCUCACUCCUUAUUUAGCGGCUGCGGUACCACUUUUCUCGGCGCUGAUAAGGAGCUCAGGAGACUAUUUUCAGCAGGAUCAUCCCAAUCUCGACAGCUCGCCCAGCUCCUCAUUCAAGAUGGGACCCAGUGGUCUUUCAACCCUCCAAGCGCACCGCACUUCGGAGGCAAAUGGGAGGCGGCAGUGAAGUCGGUGAAAUAUCAUCUCACCCGGACUAUUGGCGAGGAUCUGCUCACCGUCGAGGAACUCACCACUUUGCUCACCCAAAUUGAGGCAGUUCUCAACUCACGGCCGCUUGAACCGCUCACGGAUGAUCCUGACGACUGCUCGGCUCUGACCCCCGGACACUUCCUCAUAGGCCAGGCUCCUACGACUCUUCCAGAGCCAUCAUUGGAGAAUCUUAACAUCUCUAGACUCUCCCGAUGGCAGCUCAUCCAACGAAAACUUCAAGGGUUCUGGAAGAGAUGGUCCACGGGGUACCUCCAACGUCUUCAGGCCAUAUCCAAGUGGCACCACCCGACCCACGUCAUCAACGUCGGCUCCUUAGUCUUACUCACGGACGAGAGGUUCCCUCCAUCAAAGUGGCCCCUCGCCCGAGUGACCGCUCUACACCCUGGCAAGGAUGGGCUUACGCGAGUAGUCACGCUCCGGACCGCUCAGGCGACGUUAACGCGCCCAAUCGUGAAGCUCGUGCUCCUGCCAGUCCCAACGUCAGGGACCUAG